AUGCGCUCACAGCAAGUGGACCCAGUCGCUCGGCAGCAGCUUCUAUUCUAUUUCCUCCCGCCAAACACACUCGCGCUUGUGUGGGCAAGUAUUCUCGAGACCAUUGAGAGCGCUGGGCUUCAGCAAUUCUCAGGCGUGACUAUCCUCGUCCAAGGCAAAAACUUGAAGACAUUGACCAAAGCCAACACGUGGGACGGUAUGAUGCAGGAGUUCGCCCAGCAUUGGGGCAACACGAUCGACGAGUCUCUUCUCUCUGACCAAUUCUACAUCGACAUUGGGAAAGAGACGUGUCCUACUGGGCCCUCACGGGUUAGUGGUGUGGGACUCCAUGCAUCAAGGCACUGUUCGGCCGAGGAGCCCCGGAAAAACUCAUUACUGCCACAGACCAUUCUCUGGCUGCGUUGCUGCCUCGAAUUAUAUACCGAUUGGAUCGGGCAGCAACAUCCUCCUGAGUCCUCACGUCCAAAGCAGCAGUUUUAUCCGACCAGCCUGCUCCACGAUAGCGACAGCCUCAUAUUGGAAACGCGUCGACCCUCCCCGCAGCGGCAGGCGGGUCUUCUCUAUACGCAGCUGUAUUCGAGCGUGAAGGGGGUAUUUGCGGCAGGGGAUGUAUAUCCAUUUUCCAACCCAGCCCUAGAAACCUUGGCAUUCGAUCCCCAGCUACGCAAGACUUGGCAGCACGUCGGAGGUGGUCUCAGUCAUGACCCUAUCGCGUUAAUGCGGGCUUAUCUGAAUAUGAAGCAGAGGUGCUAUGCUGCCUUGCAAGGAUCAUGUCUCAAGGUCUUCGGGCUUCGCGAGGAACACCGUGUCUCGCUACACCUUUUCUACACGAUUGACCAGGAGCAUCGAGAACGCAAUUUCCAUGACACGCGACUUCCGGGGGCUCCAUCAACGGUUGAGCCGUUCUACUCCCUCCCUACCCCGACUCUCCUCUUUUGGUUCCACUGGAACAUCAACAAGUUCUGUGUGGGGUUUGCGGCUAUCUAUAGCAUCAACGACCGCCAUUUCGUCACGUGGGAACACACCCGGGUGAUGAUGAUGUUCCUGCGCUGCCUGCAAUUUUCCUAUGGUGGUGGCCUGUUACAGCGUGUAUCUGGCUGCUGGCGGGACGUCUGGUUCCGGCCUGAUGCUCGGCGGACAGAUGGUCUUCGCCGGUGUGAAGGGUUAGGGUUCCAGCGUAGUAUGGAGGAGUACGGGUAUGCCUGGUUUCUGGAUAAGAUAGACUGGGAUACGAUGACCUUCCGCCAGCCCUCCGCGCAGUACAUGAUGUUCAACAGCCCUUCUCUGCAGGGAGCGUUCCACGCGCGGUAUGGGCAGAUCCGAGACGUCCGCCUCGACUUCCUUCGGGUGCACCAGGCACACCGCUGGAUGGAGGAAUUUAGCUCUGUCUCUCCCUGUCUAGAUCUUCUCGAAGAUUUCCUCCGACAACUUUCCCUCUGCGUGUUUCGGAAAGAUGUCUUUUUACAUGUUAAGCGACUGUUACACGCGGACCAUGCCGCCCGUGCUCUUGCUGGCGAGGUUCCCCUCAGCUAUGAUAGCAUUAGCGGUGUCUUCAUUGAGGGCGCCCAAACACUGCAGCUUCUGGAUCAACGCCGGAUCGCGGUGAAGAGCGUGGACACUCUAUUCGCUUGGCUAUGGGAGUGGAAAGAUGGGCGGUAUAAUCGUAAGGGGUGGAAGGACAAACCAUAUCGCAUGGUAUAUCAGCAAAGCUUCGAGGCCGUCAAUCAGAUCCUUGGUAAGGAUCGAGCGCGCGAGUGGAAGAAGGCGUUGAAAAUCUCAUUCCUCCAAAGCCACUGGUUGCUUCCAUACCCACAUAGCAAUGGAUUCAUGCGCAAGUCCAAGGACAGGAGGUGUGGUGGUCCAACUUCAACGUCGGAUUGUACGAGCAUUAUAAGCAAUGGUAUGGUGUGUCGCGAGUGGGUGACAUUUUCCCUGCUGAAUACGUAA